CAAUUGAGAUAGUUAACGCUUUUAAACGUUUAAGCAGACAGCUUAGUUUUCAAUUUUAAUAUUAUAUUCACUAUUUUUCUUUGUGAAUUAUUCAUGUAUUUUUGUUAUAAGAAAAAUUUAUAGUAGUAAAUAUGGCUCUUCAGAUCAGUAAAAAGGAAGUUGAAGAUAUCAAACCUUAUUUGGAAAAAACCGUCACCAAAUUUCUUGGUUUCCGAGAACCUACCAUUGUGACAACGCUCAUGCAUUGUUUUUCUUCUGGUUAUGAUAAAUACAAAACUGCUGAUAGGUUAAGGUCAUCCAUAUUAGAUCCAGGAAAAGCAGCAUCACUUACUGAUAAAGCUUUUGAUUUAGCAAAAGGAAUGACAAUGAAAAAUAAUAAUAUUUCAUUAACCAAUAAAAGAAGUAUAAAAGCUGAAUAUGAAGAAAAUAUUAGUAAGCGUAUCAAAAAGGAAGAAUUAAUAACAAUUAAAGAUGAGAACCUUUCCAUAGGACAGAUUAAAGAUAUGAUGGUUAAUGCUCAGAAAAUGAUUGAAGAACGUAAAAAAGCUUUAUCAAUACCAUCACUGCCAAAAUCUUCUAAUAAUAAAGAUAAAAAGCAUCAACUAACAACAGAUUUUGAAAAACAAGCAAAAAUUGCUCAAUUGCAGGCACAAAUUCAAAAAAAACUAGCCAGUGGCCUUAUUAAAACUGUUCCAAGUGUUCCUAAAACCCUAAAUUCUUCAUCAGAAAAACCAACCCCUCUUAUACUUGAUAAUGAAGGACGUACAAUUGACAUAACUGGAAAAGAAGUUCAGUUAACUCAAGUUAUUCCAACUUUAAAAGCAAAUAUAAGAGCCAAAAAAAGAGAAGAAUUUAAACAAACGUUUACUGACAAAACAGCUGAUGAUUCUUCGGAUAUUAAAUUUUAUGAUCCACGAUUGACCAUGAAAACUAAUAUUCGAACUAAGAGAUCCUUAAAAUUUCAUGAGCCUGGAAAAUUUCAACAAAUAGCUGAUAGACUUCGAAUGAAGGCUCAGUUAGAAAAAUUACAAAAUGAAAUUUCACAAAUUGCUCGCAAAACUGGAAUAUCGUCAGUUACUAAAAUGGCAUUAUUAGUUCCAAAAGAAGAACAACUUACAGAACACUGUCCUGAUGUUGAAUGGUGGGAUAGUGUAAUUCUAGAUGGAACUACUUAUUUAAGUGAAAGUGGAGAAGUUCAGUUUAAACGCAGUAACAUUACACAUUUAGUAGAACAUCCUUUGCAAAUGAGGCCUCCUAGUGAUCCUUUAAAACCAGUUUUCAUGCCUGUAUUUUUAACUAAAAAAGAAAGAAAAAAGUUACGUCGGCAAAAUAGACGUGAAACUUGGAAAGAAGAACAAGAAAAAAUCCGUCUUGGCUUAGAGCCUCCAGCUGAACCAAAACUUCGAAUUUCAAAUUUAAUGCGAGUAUUAGGAACAGAAGCUGUUCAAGAUCCAACAAAAAUGGAAUCACAUGUAAGAGCUCAAAUGGCUAAAAGACAAAAAGCUCAUGAGGAGGCAAAUGCCUCACGAAGAUUGAAUCCAGAACAAAGACGCGAGAAAAAAAUUAAAAAACUUCAGGAAGACACUAGUUUAGGUGUAAAUGUAGCUAUUUAUAGAAUAAAAGAUUUAUCUAAUCCUGCUAAAAAGUUUAAAAUAGAAACAAAUAGUAAACAGCUUUUUAUGACUGGUUGUGUAAUCUUAUGCAAAGAUUGUAAUGUUGUAAUUGUUGAAGGUGGUCCUAAACAACAAAAAAAGUACAAAAGAUUGAUGUUACAUAGAAUGAAAUGGGAAGAUGAUAUCAUUAAAACCAAAGAUGAAUUUGAACCGAAAUCUAACAAUAAAUGUACAUUAGUUUGGGAGGGUAUGUCAAAACAACGGAAUUUUGGUGAAAUUAAGUUUAAAGUAUGUGCUUCUGAAAAAUUGGCUCGUGAACAACUCAAAAAGCAUGGAGUGGAGCAUUAUUGGGAUUUGGCUUACAGUGAUCUUAUUAUGGAUUAAUUAUGUAUUUCAGCUUUACUAUUAAAUCGAAUUAGGUGUUUUAAUAAAACUGCGUUUUUUUAUAUUUAUGUGUAUAUAUAUUUUUUUAUUUAUUCAAUUAAAUUAUUUUUCAUUUUCAUUCAUUCA